AUGCGACCCCCGAGGAUCGUCAUUCUCGCCCUCUUCUCCGCCGCUUGUCUCUUCCUCCUGUGUCGCGCCGUCACCUCCAUCAAACGUCCCACUCCGGCCAUCUCCUCUCCUCCAUCCGACAAGACGUCUAGCUUUCGAUCGUUUUUCUCCUUCUCGACGCCCUUCACGCUCUUCCCGCCGAAUGCCAUCAUUACCAUCGCCGAUGACAACAGCACGUCUUUCGCCGCAAGGCCGGCAGCGUUCGGUCCGCCACUCCCAACCAAGGGUCUGAACGGCCAGCUAUGGAUUGGCAGUGGCUUUACCGAGGAGUCACUGCAGGAUGGGGAAGGUGAAGGCGAGCUCGGAUGCAGUGAUGUUCCAGGCUGGAAUGAUGGCACCUCUCGCACCAUGUUGAAGACGUCAAUGAAGGAAAUACAGCAUAAAGCAAAGUCUGGCGCUGCCGCCAGCAAGGCCAAGAACCAGAAGAGAGGUGGUUCCAGCAGACCUUUGGUCGAUCGAAGCGCCGUCACCGAACCCGAACCCAAGUCCAAGACCAAGCCGAUCGACGACGGGACCGAUGACUACCUUCACCAGCGCUUGGACAAGUCGCAAAAGCUGCAGAAGGAUGUUUCUGGAUCGUCGAGCUCCGGUCAUGCCGAUAUACAGUCCAUACAGGAGGGUGCCGAGAUCGCCGGCAAAAUUGUCUUGCUCAGCCGUGGCGGCUGUGGGUUUCUGGAGAAGGUGAAAUGGGCACAACGCCGAGGUGCUGUCGGUCUUGUUGUCGGCGAUAACCAAAGAGGAGGUCCAUUGAUUCAGAUGUAUGCCCACGGGGACACCUCCACCGUCACGAUACCGUCCAUAUUCACCUCUCGGACGACCGCCUACUUGCUCUCUUUGAUGAUGCAGCCUGGGAGCUUCAUUGAGGACAUAAUAGACGAGAACGGGAAACAUUCGCCGAAGAGUCAAUUGUCGGACAAAUCUCGAAAGGAAAAGAAGACGAGACAAGCAGCGGCUGUGAACCAGAACCCCAAGGUCGCUCCCGUUUCUAAGAGCACGAGCAUAGGUACAAACAAGAGUCCAUCAUCCACCAACACCGGGGCGUCUCAGACAGGCCCAGGCUGGCUUGCUCGUCUGUUCAACGGACCGUUAAGCGCGCGCAUCUCUUCCGACAAAAGCCAUUCUGCGAGCAGCAGCGAACUGGAUUGGGUGAUAGUUGAAGACUUCUCGGACGAAAAAGAUAAGAUCAUCAGGUCCAGUCUCGAACAAGCGUCCAAAAGUCGUACCAACAGCGAAUACAAGUCUGGCUCGCGGCGACCAGCGGGUGGUGACGACUUCCAAAUAGGUGUAGAGGACUGGCGAGAUCCAGAUCUGAUCGGCACAGAUAAGCUACAGUUUUCUCCUUCUAAAGGAAGUGGUAAAUCCGUCAGACCAGAUGCGAAAUACGACAUGGCAGCACACACGGGAAGCAAAGACAACAGUGGGCUGAAAGGUGGUAGUACAACUCCCAGCAGCGGAGAGUACGGUGCAGAUCGUAUGCCUGUGAAAGGCAAGGAUGCGAUAGGUUCAGCCAAGGGGAAGGCAUCGACUUCGACCGAUGGGACAAGUUUCAUGUCAAAGAUAUUUGGGGAUGGUGAUGAUGCCGCUUCCUCCAAUGUCGACGAUGAACCCAAGCCCAUCGAGAUGCCCGUUAUUGAGAAACCCGUCCCUGACCAUAGUAGCCCUCCUCCAGAGGAGAGAGAGGGUUUGUGGGUGGUUAUUACUCCAUCUAGUGGUGCGAGCCCGUUCUUUGAUACGCUCUUGGUGCUGGUCGUCAGUCCACUGAUUACACUCACUGUGGUGUAUGCCUUGCUGAUCCUACGAGCUCGCAUACGGCGGCGGAGAUGGCGAGCUCCCAAAUCCGUUGUGGAAAGACUGCCUGUGCGCACGUACCAUACUGUUGCAUCCACACCGGGCAGUCAUUCUCCUCGUUUGCCGUCACCGACCAGCUCGUCCCCGACUACUCCCCUUUUACAGAGCCAACACGGCCCUUCGAGGCCGAGGCCUCGCUCGCGGACUACUACUGGUGUGAUGUCGGCCGGUGAUCUCCUAGAUGCCAACUCUGCGUUGUCGAUACCACGGUCACCCUCACGUGCCGAGCACGAGAAGCGCCACGGUCCAAGUGAGUGGAAGAAGUACAUGGGACGGCAAGUGGAGUGUGUUGUAUGUCUCGAGGAAUAUGUCGAUGGUGGCGAUGUUGUCCGGUCUCUUGCUCGAGGCUCCCCGUCCAGCCCUCGGUACGAGCCAUACCAGGACGAUAGUGAUGAUGAUAUGUUGGUUCAGGCAGGCUCAUCCAACGACAGGCCACUUGCUGAAGGCGACAAUUCCGACGUGGAGCAAGGGAUGCCCACAACACCCCAUCGCUCGCACAGAGAUGGCUGGUUUAGCACGCUCUCUACCAACUUCCGGGACCGCUUCUCAGCGAACCGAGAACCACGGUCGAACGCUGACUCGGAUGAACGAGAGCGGUGA